AUGCAUGCUGUCGUGAUCCCAGAGUGUCCCAAGACACCCAGCAUUCGACGAACCCGAACCCGUGACAUGCCCCCCUCUCCGCCUGAAUCUUCUCCGUCAUUGAGCUCGACAUUUUCAGCCCCGUCAACACCCGGAGGUGAAUACAAUGCCAUUACCGAAGGUUUCCCUCGUGGCGUCGACCUGAAUCUUACUAGAGAGCAACUGCGCGAGGCUUUCUAUUUCUCCCCCAAGGAUCGCCGCAUCAUCGACCCAGAAGAGAAGUACUGGGGUCGAGGUCGCAAGAGCAGCCUUCGGGCUGAAUUUUGGGAGUUUCUAUUCGAGCGGAGCGAAGACUAUGAUCCACGCUUUGACGAGACCCCAUAUGACCUCCCUGAAUUUGUCCUGCGAAGCAACAUCGGAAGCGACUGGGCCAACCGUGCACGCUACUUCGAGAAGCCGCAUCUCUAUGACAGCGAGGGAAGACUCCGCGAUAUUUCCCCCAACGGCCGCUCGGGACGAGACAUAGGCCUAUUUUCGUCUACCAAGGGCAAGAAAAAGCGAAUAUUCGACGAUGACUGA